AUUCAAAAAGUACCAGUUGUGUAAUUCAUUGCGGUUCUUUUUCAGAAACGACUGCAUUUUUUGCCGAGAAGCAUCUGCAACAAGCAACAAUCAUUGGCCGUUCGUUUUCUCGUCGGUUCUUGUUCGUUCCUCCGUCGCCACAUGAAACGGCUCCGGUCUUCUYCUUUGCGGCUCGUUCCCAUUUUGUUCUUCUCGGCAGCAACAGCAACCUCGGCUUUUCUUCACGCAGCCACCGGAAGCGCCGUCUCCAAAACAAAAGUGGUGUGUACGAAGACCGUUUCCRCGACCCUCCACCUGCGUCGCCACYGCUGCACCCACGCUGUCGCACAUCCAUCCGGYGAUUCCCGCCACGACACACGUUUUUCCGUGCCUGCCGCGAUGACUGUGCAGAGAAUGGCGUCAUCAUUGGCAGCAGCCGGAGGUGACGCGAUGGUUGCUACRAACCAAAGCGAUAAGAAAGAGAACCCAGCGUCUGCCACCRCCGAGGRUGCCGCCGAUGYCCCYGCUAUCUCCAAUUUGCUGCCGUUGAUCCAGAGCCCGUACGCGRCGGCCUCGAGGUUGAAGUUGUGUCCCAAGUGCCACGGCGARGGAAGGAUCUCRAAGCCUAUAUCGAAAAAGGCGAGGCUUCGGCACCAGCGCAAACUCUACCAGCAGGAGCAGGAGGCAAAGCGAGAAAACGAAGRUCCAACCGACAACGAGAACCACAAGCGUGCCAAGCGAUCGACGUCGCCACCUGCGGCGAYAGCAACGGCAAGCGAGAAUCCCGGAACGAAACAGAACCAGCCACUCCCGCUGCCCAAGCGACGGUGGGAUCCCUGUCCAAAAUGCGACCAGACCGGCYUGUUGUUGGACGCUUYUCCCGGAAAGCAAAUCCCGCUGAAAAACGAUCCUCCCUUUGUGGCGAUCGUUGGCGGUGGAAUCGGUGGUAUGGCACUGGCGGUCGCACUGAAGCACCGCAACAUCCCGUUCCGCGUGUUUGAAAAAGAUUCUCGGUUCGAUCAACGCCGCCAGGGCUACGGGCUGACCCUCCAGCAGGCCCGCCGAGCGCUGCGAGCCCUGGGAAUCUUCGAACCAAACGACGGCGACGACGACGGCGAGGAGCCGCGGGGCAAUUUCGUGAGCCAGAGCGGCAGGUUGCUAGAGGAACACGCGGUCACGUCAACCAAACACGUGGUCCACACACCGGACGGCAAGCCGAUCGGCGAAUGGGGCCUCCGCAAGUGGGUCGGUGGUGGGGCCGCGGGGAAGGACGGCCGGGCGUGUUCGCGGGGGAACCCUGGCGGAUCCGGGCCUCGCGACAACGCGGCACUUGGCAUCGACACCGACACCAAUGCCGCCAUCAAGCCCCGGGCCACCCGGGCCAAGAACAAGAAACGGAGACAAAACCUGCACGUCCCGAGGCAGGUCCUGCGCAGCGCCUUGUGGGAGUCUCUGAAAGAAGCCUUCGGUGGURGCAGCGGCGGGACCGAAACGGCYACCAMCACCGACGGCUGCCGGCAGGCCGGUCAAGACGAUUGCAACAUUUCGUGGGGACACAAGCUGGUGGACAUCGAGCCCGCGGCUCUUGCGGAACCCAAGUCUUCCGCGAACACCAACAGGGUCCGCCUGACGUUUCGGGUGGAAGGGUCCGGCGGGGACGAAGACGAAGAGCAGAGGUUUGUGACCACGGAGGCCGACCUCGUCGUGGGCUGCGACGGAAUCCGUUCGUCCGUCCGAAAACGGUUCCUGGAGAACGCGGCCGGCGAUGGCGGUGGAUCCMKGCCACCAACGCCCCUCCGGUACCUCGAAUGCGUGGUCGUGCUGGGCAUCUGCCCGCUCGGGGACCUGGUCCYKCGGGCCGUUGGARGAGAAAAGGACCCGACCGAGCUGUCGCCGCUCCUGGACGGGGAGACCGUCUUCCAGACCGCGGACGGGACCACCCGGAUCUACCUGAUGCCCUACUCAAAGAAGAAGAACGAGUACAUGUGGCAGCUCAGCUUUCCGGUUCCCGACGAAAGGACCGCCCUGGACCUCUCGAGGCGCGGGCCGGAGGCCCUCAGGGAGGAAGCCCUGCGGAGGUGUGGGUCCUGGCACUCCCCGAUCCCCGAGAUCCUGUCGGCGACCCCCAUCGAGCUGGUGUCGGGAUACCCCGUGUACGACCGGGACCUGMUCUCGGAAGACCUUCUCGCGGCCUYCCGGAAGAAAAGGUCCCUUAGCGGCUCUUGCUCCCUCCCUUGCACGCUGCUGGGGGACGCCGCCCACCCCAUGUCCCCCUUCAAGGGCCAGGGGGCCAACCAGGCCCUCCUGGACGCCCUGUCCCUGGCGCGGUCCCUGCAGAAGGUGCACCUCCUAAGGGGCCGGCCCCUGGGAGAGGCCCUGGAGGCCUUUGAGGGAGAAAUGGUGGACCGGAGCUCCGAGAAGGUGAGGGCCUCGUCCGCGGCGGCCCGGUUCCUGCACACGGACGUGGCGAUCGCGGAGGGAAACCUGACGAGGGGGGCGGCCGCCGCUUUCGCCUCGGGCAAGUCGUCUCGGUAGCGUAGUUGUGGGUUCUCUUUUCCUCCCGGUCCAAACCGCACGUGC